AUCAGCUGAUUCCCAAGCGGCGAUUUAGUGUGUUUACGUUUGCCAAACUUAAGAGUUGAUGAAUGACUUUCUCUUGUUUAUGUGUUUCUAUUGCGAAGUGCCCAUUGUUCGAAGCUUCUUGUGUUUUUUCCAAAAGUUUUCUAAACCUACCCUAUCGCUUAAAUAUACAUAUAUGUAUGUAUAUUUAUACAAAAAUGGACGGAAACAGCAUGUGUAUUUUUAAUGCUGACUGUAUUUUGGAAAUAAUGAAAUAUGUAAUUACUGAUUGCCAGUUAAAUAAGCGCCAUGUUAAAACGGGGACUCUUGUCUACAAUGACUUAAUAAACUUUGUUCUGGCCCACGAGUUCUUCGUCAAAUUGCUUGCCGAUCAUCACAAAGUCCUUUACAAGGAUCUUGAGUUGGCACUAGCGUGCAGGACCAUAAAGCUGCUUAUAGAUCUUCGAGUGAAUAAGCAAUCGAACAACGGAGGAUUUUUCUGGAGAUCCUUUCUUGAAUCGGUCAGUGAAGAAAGUCCGUUCGAUCUUCAACUGUCUUUUCAAGGCAUAUACGUACAUAUUAAAAUAACAGGCAUCUCAUCGGGCCGCACACACCAAGAAAAGUUAAAAUUUGACUUAACGCUUACUGCAGACGCAUUGGCUGACAUUUUCCGCUCCAACCAAAAUGUAACCAAGUUGAGCUUUGAAAGCAAUGAAGUGCACGGAGGUCUUUCCGAGAUCAUACCCCAUUGCGCCAAUCUCAAGGAACUGAGAAUCACGUUGAAUGCAGGUGACGUGGCAUCCCAAUAUGAACCACUAGUAAAGUUGCCCAACCUGAAAAACAUUUUAGUUACUGGCUUACAAAGAUGCAAGUCGGAAUCGCUGUUUUUUAGCAAUUUAAGAAAGUGGCACAGGUCAUCGAGUCUUCCAGCUUUGACACUUAAAAUCGAAGAUUACCUAACUGAUAUUCAUCGACCUGUAACGUUUGCCACUUUCAAUUCAUUACGAUGCUUGCGUGUGAACGAAACCAAAGCAUAUUAUGAACUAAAAUAUAAAAUGGAAUAUAAAUGGAAAUGGAAUGCAAUUUUUAGGGCCGAGUACGAUUUAUCUGCAAUGGAGGACGACAGCAAUUCAAUAGAGGAUUCUCUUGCCACCAUUAGAUUGGGUGAAGGUGUUAAGGUCAAGUUUAUAAGGUCUGAAGGUAAACUUGAGUUAAAGUUAGGCGAUAAUUCAGACAUUAGUCAAAUGGGAUCUUUAUCAAAACUGCCCAAUCUUACUCGCUUGGUAGUCCAAAAUAAGACGUAUUGUUCAGAAUAUCCCGAUUCACUUGCCAAAUUCCUGCGAUCAAUGGCUCCAAACGGGUCAUUUGCUUUAAAGUCAUGUAAAAUAAAUUAUGGACAAUUACAUCAAGCUGAGAUUGAAGAGCUUGCGAAAAUAAAGUCACUUCGAUUCCUCGCAUGCCAUUUACACGACGUGCCUGAUAUAAACUUCAGUCAAAUGACAAACUUGCAACACAUGAAACUCAAUUUCCGCCAUAAUUAUUAUCACAUUACUUCUAAUGUAAUCCAUAAUCUGCUAAGCAAAUGCCAGGUGCAAGCAACCAUAUUCAGUGAAGAUGUUACAAUUACCCUAUGGAGGAAUGAAAAACGUUUAGAGAUCCAUCUGUGUAAUUGUAAAAACACCGAUUUUGCUAUUCCCCUUGCCAAACUUAAGGAUAUUAAUACCCUCGUGAUUUCAGGGCGACAGGGAUUGGAAUAUCUUAAUAUGAUCUUCGAUGCAUUCGCAGCCAAUUUAAGUACGAUCGAAGAAUUGGAUUUAUCCGAAUUGCGACCUUACAGGUCCGAAUUAAAUAGAGUACGUUUCGAAGAUAUUUCCAAAGUGACCGAAAUUCAAACCAUUAGGUCACUUCGAUGCUGCUUAUCAGAUGUGACUGGUGUUCAGAAUUUGGCAGAUCUACAAAAAUUAGAGAACUUGGAAAUAUACCAUUCUGGAGAUGGCAAUCUUACCGAACUUUUCACAAAACUUGCAGAGAAAAAUACAAUUAAAUGUAUAAGUACUGGAAAACUCACCCACGAAGAGGUUUUAAAGAUAACCCAAAUGAAGUCGAUGAAAACUUUGGUGUGUCGUUUUUUAAACGAGGAUGACCUCAAAUUCUUUGCUGAGCUAGCAAACUCCAGUGUCGAAGAAUUAAUUAUUAUCGAAUAUAAUAAUUCGAUAUGGGUUACACCCUCUCUGUUUUAUACGAUAAGGGCAAGGCAACUUGGUCACUUUGAUAUAUGGCACAAAAAACUUCAUUUUUUUGAAACGGUUGACGUUUGUAAAAUAACAGGACUGAAAAGAUUAUGUGCUGCUUUUGUUGAUUCGGAGUGUGCGCAAAUAUUAGAUAGACUACCUCAACUAGAGGACCUAACUAUUGGCUUUACUUACACAACUAAUUUGGAAAAUCCGCUAAGGGUUUUAGCACUGAAGUCACCAUCGACUCUUAAAAAAUUGGAGCUAUGCAACUGGAUUGGCGGCAGCGAAUGUGCAUGUUUGACUCAAUUCGAAACAUUGGAAUCUUUAACAUGUUCAUUGCGUAAUGAGACGGGCAUAGAUCAUUUGGCCAAUAUACAAAACCUUAAAGAAUUACUUAUCCACCGUGAUAGCGCAACGCUAAUUAAUCUUUUCCGUGCCUUCGCCCAAAAAAGUGAUUCCAAGUUGGAGAAACUUCAAGCUCCAGUCACAUGUUCUGAUGAGAUGCGUGAAAUAUCACAGAUUAAAUCACUAAGAACGCUGAAUAUUGAUUUGACAAAAAUGUGUGAUAAUUUAUCAGACCUUAGUCGAUUAAAUGAACUAAAAUCGUUGAGUAUAAUUGAUAGUUGUGGAUGUAAAUUAAAUAGUGAUAGCUUUUUGCCAAUUUUUCGGUAUUGUCCAAAGCUAGAUCGGGUCGAUUUGGGAUUUUAUUAUGGGGUGGCUAUAGACUUAGUCAGCAAAGUAAACAAUGUUCUGAAAUCUAAUCGAGAUCCUGUAAAUCAGAAACCGCUACAACUAAGUAUUUUUAGUGUAUCGAUUUACCCGAAAAUCCAUGUGGAAAACAUUGAUGAGUCAAUCUUGUACGUCUCUUAUUCGUACGAAACAAAUAUGGGUGGAGUCGAAAUAGAAUUUAAUUCUGAUAACGAGGAUUCAGACGAUUCGGAUUCUUUUGACUAUGAUUAGUUAAAACCUAAUUUUUAAAAAAAUGGUCUCACAAAACCUAACAGAUAAAGCCAGAGAUAACGUUACAGUCGAGUUCCCCGACUAUCAGAUAGCCGUGAUUAUAAUGUGAUUCUAAAGGUAUAUAUAACUUUUUUGCAAAUAUUUUUUUGUCUUAAUGCCUCAAAUAUUGUGAGUAUAAAACACUGAAUAUUUCUCAGCCCAUAUACAGGGUAUUCACCACAACCGACAUUUUUCGUACUAAGGCUUACUUCGGUUACAUCCAAAAGACUUUUCAAAUUGCUAAAACUCGUCGAUAGCUCUCUGUAAACGCACUUCAUAUUAAUCGGCCAACGUAGUUCCUCGAAGCCCCUAAUUUCUAGGAUGCUGGCACUGAAAGCGAGUUCAAAAAAGUUCCGGCGCACAUGUGACACACACUCUAUGGAUUCUCUACCGUCCGUGAACUCAUUAAAUAGAAAUCUUGCAAAUUGGAUCAUUUUGUAGCUGGCCACCACCCGGGUAUCCUGUUUGUCCAUUAGUUCCUUGAGGACAGAAAAGUUUCCAAAUUUGCGCGCCAACACUUGGAGUACGGGGGAUGCGCUGGCACCUAUUAAAAUCAUUAAGAAGCGCUGCCAGUUGUGACCGAAUUCUCUCUACAAGUCGCGAAUAUUGAUAUAUAUAUUCAGAUUGUCGGAUUGAUCAUCGUUUUAACAGACAAUUCGAACUCAUGAUAUAGAGAAUCUAUAGAAUUUCAAUAAAACUGUGCGGCAGUUCUUUUACGAAAGUGGGUAUAUCUAAUUAUACCACGUACUCGCUGGCAUUUCGUGGGUUGGACACGACGUCAAGGUUAAAAAAACGUUAGUUAGACCGUAGGGAUGCAGAUGAGCCAGGGUCUCAAGCCAUUUAAA